UCCUCACCCCCGUGCAAGACGCCGACCUCGGCCAUGGCUCGCGUAUGGAUCUCGCCUUUGAGCGCGGGUUUCAGAGAGCAGCGGAGGCCGCCGGCGCUGAGGAUUCGGAGGCUGCGCUGCUGCGGCUGCUGCCCAACAAGGACUGGGUGCCUUUUGGCAAGGCCAUGGGCACGAAGCCGGCGUCGACUGGGGCCUUCGGAGGUGGCGCCGAAGGCGCGGCGGCCUUCUACCUGAAGCCGUCCUUGAUGCCAGUGGUUGGCUCCUGCGACUGGGAGUGCCAUCCUUUGUACCAGAAAGACCUGGCCUUUGUCAAGAAGGACGGGGCGCAGGAGGUGCGGAUCAACAAGCAGAUCUGCGCGCUGUGGGGCGCCCAGGAGCUGCUGGACUUCGCGGCCCGCCGAGGCUGCGAGCUCGACGUGGCCAACGCGGUCACCGCCUUGCACCGGGUGGCCAAGGCCGCGGACCGGUGGCAGGUGCGAAAAGACCCGCGCCUGGCAGCACUGGCGGCCCAAGCUUCGGCGGCCGUCGUCCUAGACGGAAGUCCGCGGGACCUGGCGAAGGUCCAGUGGGCCAUGGGCCGUCUGCACGCCUCGACCAGCGCCUCGACGAGCGGAGAAGGGCUGCUUGCGGCGAUUGGGCGGCGGCGGGCGGAAUUCGAGCCCCAGAGCCUGUCGAAUAUUUUGUGGAGCCUGGCCUUCUCGGAUCACCCCCUGGACCAACUCCUGGCAGAGUUCACGCGAGAGAUCCACCGCUGCGACCCCCAGGCGCUGAGCAACGUGGCCUGGGCCUGCGCGAGGCGACUGCUGUGCUGCGCACCCGUGAUGGAGGCCAUCUCCCGCUGUGCGGUGCUCAAAACGCCGCAGUUCGACGUCCAGGGCCUGGCGAAUUUGGUGUGGUCCUUCGCCACUUUGAAGCGGGAGGACGGGCCGCUCUUCGCGGCGGUGGCGGGCCAGGCGCUGGGCGCCGUGUGGCGCUGGGGGCCGCGGCACCUGGCGAACCUGGCCUGGGCCUUCGCCAAGGCCGCGGAGUUUCGCGGCCCGUUGCUGGCCGCGGUGGCCGCUGAGGCGCUGAAGACCGUGGAGCACUUCGGGUGCCAGGGCCUCGCGAACCUGGCCUGGAGCUUCGCCGCGGGCGGCGAAGCCGCGGCCGCGGCGGCUGCGCCGCUCUUCGCGCGCCUGGCGGCGGCAGCGCUGGGCAGGGCCAAGGCGAUGCAGGUGCAGAACCUGGUGAACCUGGCCUGGGCCUUCGCGAAGCUCUUGCUGGCGAAGGAGGGCUUCCUGGACAGCCUGGCCGCCGCAGCGGUCUCGAAGCGCGGGGAGCUGACGGCGCAGCACUGCUCGAGCCUCUGCUGGGCCUUCGGCGCGGUGAGCCACGUGAACCAUGGGCUGAUGACGCAGAUGGCCGCGCGCGCGGUGUGUUGCAUCAGCGAGAGCAAUCCGCAGGACCUCUCCAACCUGCUCUGGAGCUGCGCCCGCCUCGCGUGGAACUCCGCCAGCUUCUGCGAGGCGCUGGCGGAGGAGGCGGAGCGGAAGGCGCAGGAGUUCCCCGUGCAGAACCUCGCCAUCACCUCCUGGGCCUUGGGUGUGCUGCGCCUGAGCCGCCCGCAGCUCUUCGGGGAGGAGACCCUGCAGCGGCUGCGUGAGGAGCGCGGCAGGCUGGGGGCGCAGAACUUGGCCAGCCUGGCGCAGGGCCUGGGGAAGCAGCUCGUCAGAGACGAGGGGAUCUUCUCCUUUCUGGCGACAGAGGCCGCUGAGUGCGUGGAUGCCUUCAGCAAUCAGGAGCUCGCCAUGGUCCUCUGGGCCUUCGCCAAGGCGGAAAGCGCCGGCGAGGUCGGCGAUUCGUUCGCGGCCUCGGUGCGGCGGAGGGAGCUCAUGCCCCAGGACCUGGCGGUGCUUUGCUGGUGCUUCGCCCACUUCGCGGAGGGCUCUCCGGUGCUGGACGCCUUGUCCUGGCAGGUCCUGGGCUGCUGCGGUGAGUUCCAGGCCCAGGACUUGGCCAACAUCUCCUGGGCCUUCGCCACCCGCGGCCGGGAGAAUGCCGUGAUGAUGGCCGCCAUCGCAGCGCGGGUCCGAAAGCUUGGAGAUCUUCAGGUGCAGGACCUGUCGAACCUCUGCUGGGCCUUCGCGAAGCUGGGCCUGGUGGACGAGGACCUCUUCGACUUCCUGGCACGCCAUGUGUGUGACGUCUGCGAGUCACAGGCGGCAGACCUGCUGCCGCAGAACGUGUCGAUCAUCUCCUGGUCCUUUGCCAGGCUGGCGCUGCUGAACCAGAAGAUGAUGGAGCUGCUGGCGGAGAGGUCCCAGCGAAUGCUCGGAGGCCUCGACGGGCAGGGGGUGGCCAACCUCCUCUGGUCCUGGGCCGUGCUCGCGCUCCGGCCGGCGAGCGGCGAGGGGUGCGUUGGCUUGGCGCGGCGCGCGGGGGAGCUGGUGCCGGAGAUGGGGGCCCAGGAGAUGUCCAACGUGGCCUGGGGCUUGCAGAUCUUGCAGCAAGCGGAGCUUCUGCAGUGCUUCCUGCGCCAAGCGGCAGGCCCCUUCCUUCGCCUCGACCGCUCCGACGGCGCGGCCUGGGCGAAGUUCGCCAACGCCGCCGCGGCCGUGGCCGACGAGGCGGAGGAGCUGAAGGCCGUGGACCGGGCGUUCCGCCAGGACUUCUUCGAGCCCGUGCUGCGGCGCCUGCGGCGCCUCGCGGACGGCCGAGACGAUACCGAGGAGACCCAGGUCUCGCGCCUGGGAUGGCGCUACUCCCUGGAGGCCUUGGCAUCGCUGGGCAUCGGCGCCGAGGAGGAGUGGCGCCGGGAGGCGCGGCUGGCGUGCCGUCUGGCGCAAAGUCAAUGGCAGGUGCCCACCCGCGCGAGCGUGCUCGCCUAUGGCAAGUGGCGCCUUUUUCCGUGCGGAAGAACUUCGGAGCGGUGCUGCCAGCAGCUGGGCCACGUGUUCUCCUCCGAGCUGGCGAGCACAUGUGUCGGGCCGGCGGAUGUGCCGCCGGCGGUGGCGGAGGCGGCGAGGGGAGGGCAGGCGGAGGCGGCGGCGGUGCUGAGCUUGCUGGCUGAGCUGGAGGCCUGCGAAGCUGCCGAGGUCGAGGGGGAGGUGAAGCUGUACCUCUGCCACACACCUUCCGUGGCCUGCCUGCGGCUGCUGUGCGAGCUGCAGCAGACGCUGCCACGCUGCGCCUUGAGCUUCGCCUUCGACGACGCCUGGAGCGGCUUCUGCGGCGCGCCGCGGUGAAUGCGACGCAGACGCGACGCUUCGCUCGCGAGGAAGACGAGCACGCGGUGGGCGGUGCUUGGUGGUAGAAAGCAGCCGGUGGAAGCGGAAGCACAACGUGCAGACCCUGGUUUCGGAGACCAGAGCACCACAAAGCAGGGAACGAAAGGCGUGCCACUCGAAGAGCUCUCUCGCUGUGAGCUGCGGAGAAGCGAAGAAAGAGAAGGAGAGGCAAAAUGAGGAUGAGCAGCGAGAAGAGCAAGACCAAAAAGCGGCAAGAGAUGCAGAGAGCGGAGGCAAAGGCAGAAGGAGGAGAGCCCUGCCAGCGCGAGAGGCUCGCCUCGGAGGCUGCUGAGCUGGACGCCUGGCGCGCGGACAAAGUCUCUCCCAAAAAGGUGAGAGCCAUGGCGCCCGGAGCUUUUCCGCCUCCAAAGGCAAGUGGCCUCUGCGGAUAUGUUCAAAUAUCCUG